UCUGCCUCUGCCUGCUGCCGGACCAGCGUCUCUCGAAUCGCUUACGACAACGCCCGGGACAUCGUCCGUCUGAUAACAAUAACUCUUCCUACCUUGCAGCAUAUAUUUGCCAUCUGCUGCAGCCUCAAACGACUCCGCUUCUCGUGUAACUGAGUUGACGAACGAGACAACAACAUGGCUACCAAAGGCUGGUUCAACCUCGAGGCCGUUGGUGGCACUAUCCCAGAAACACAGUUCUUUGAGGGCGACUCCGCUUUCUCGUUUCUUGGCCUGACUAGGACACAGCGUCUGUACGGAUUCGUAGGAUGUCUUGCUAUUGGAUUUGUCUUGUCGAUCCUCGGCGCUAUCCUAUUGUUCAUCGGUGCUUUGGGCAGCUUUGCAGCGCUUUAUGUACUGGGAACCAUUAUCUCUUUGAUUGGAACCGGCUUCCUCAUCGGGUUCUUCAAGCAACUCAAGCUGAUGUUCAAGCCCGUUCGGGUAGCAGCCACCAUCAUCUUCCUCGCCUCGAUCGUGCUCGUACUUGUCGGCGCGUUCGUCAUCGGCUCUGACAUCCUCUGCCUCAUCUUCGUAAUCAUUGAAUAUCUCGCAUACACCUGGUACACGUUGUCGUACAUCCCGUACGCACGAACAUCUAUCCUCAAGGUGAUCGGUAUGGCGUAGACCAACCAGUCGCACGCGGUUCUAGUAAAAGACGGGAAAGACGGGUGUCUCGAAAGAGAACUGUAUCAUGCAUACUUGUUCCACUAAUAAUGUGUCGUGUCGGGGAAUACGUGCCUAUCAC